CUUAAAUGAAAUAUGAGUUCAUCUACCAAUGAGUGUACGUCAGUAGCAGGUUUUUUUGAGGGAAAAUCUGUUUUUAUUACUGGAGUAACCGGAUUUCUCGGAAAGGCACUCUUGGAAAAGCUGCUGUACAGCUGCAAUGGCAUUGACAAGAUCUACGUUUUGUCGCGCCCUAAAAAAGGACUCAAUCUAACCGAAAGAGUGCAGACCAUCUGUAAUAGCUUAGUGUUUCAAAGGUUAAAGAGCAAGAGACCUGAAGAUAUGAACAAAAUCAUCCCCGUGACGGGCGACCUGAGUGCACCCGGCUUAGGUCUCAGCGCCAAAGACGAAGAGGCUUUGCUCAAUAACGUGUCGGUGGUAUUUCACUCCGCAGCCACGGUAAAAUUGAACGAGCCACUCCGCGUCACUAUAGCCGUCAACCUGGAGGGCACCAUCAAAGUGCUGGCACUGUGCAAACGCAUGCGAAAAAUACGUGCAUUUGUCUACGUAUCCACAGCCUACACCAACACGGACCAGCUAGUAGUGGAGGAGAGGGUUUACCCCCCUCCAGCGAAUAUCGACGCGGUCUACAAGUUCCUCAGAGAGCACGGUGACGACGAGGAAGCGACCAAGAGAUUUCUGAAUGGGCGGCCAAACGCCUACUGUUUCAGCAAAUCCCUAGCUGAAGCGUACCUGGUGGAACACCACGGAGAUGUGCCCAUAGUUAUUUUGAGGCCAUCUAUUGUAGUAGCAGCGCGUAGUGAACCGCUGGCAGGUUGGGUAGACGCGUGGCAAAGCAAUACUAUAGCCCUAGCCAAUGUGGCGAGAGGCUUCCUACGGGUCCUUAUUUGUGACCCGAAAGAAGUUGCUGAUCUAAUUCCGCUGGAUUGCGUGGUCAAUAUGGCUAUCGUGUCCGCCGUUCACUCUAAACAAGGCAAGGUGUCGGUCUACAAUUGCUGCACAAGCGAAGUUAACCCAAUCACAUGGGAAACGAUGUUCGAAUUGUUUCUCAAGGCGAGCAAGGCAGAUAAUUUUCAUAAGGUGCCAUUCCCGGGAGCAGUGAUGACCAGAUCCCCUGUAAAGUUUGCGGUAGGCAGUUUCUGCCUCCAGACUGUACCAGCUUAUUUCUUGGACGCGUGGCGAAUGGUCCGAAGGAAACGAACCAAGUACAUUUGGUUGAACAGACAGAUGUAUAUGCUCCGGGAUAACACAGAGUUCUUCACAACGCACAGCUGGGUGAUGCGCAGCGACGGCGCAUGCGCGCUGGCGGAGGCGCUGACCGACGCCGACGCACGCCUGUUCCCCUGCCAUCCCGCGCAUGUGCACUGGCCCACCUACAUGCCCGUCUACUACAGGGGCGUCAAAGAGUUUUUAUGUGGUGGCAAAACUUAA